ACGGGACCUCUGAGGUUCAGGGGUGUAUCCUGCGCCCUCGUUCCAGAACGAUUUAACCCGCCCGGUAACGUCACUGUACGCUGCAACACGACGCACUGCCUCGUACGCUGGAAACAGCCCAGGACCUAUCAGAAGCUGUCGUACCUGGACUUUCAGUACCAGCUGGACGUCCACAGAAAGAAUACCCAGCCUGGCACUGAAAACCUACCGAUCAAUGUUUCUGGUGAUUUGGAAAAUACAUACAACUUUCCAAGCUCUGAACCCAGAGCAAAACAUGCUGUGAAGAUCAGAGCUGCAGACGUCCGCAUCCUGAACUGGAGUUCUUGGAGUGAAGCCGCUGAAUUUGGUAAGCGCUGGGCGGAGGUAAGGGACGUCUGUGCCUCGGAGCAGACACAGAGGUCAGCGGCUCUGUCCUGGGCGCCGAGACUGAGUUGAGAACAUCGCUAAGAACAGCGUCAGGCUCUGAGUUUAUCGCUGAGGCGCGAAAGGAGGAGAGGGUCUCGAACUCGGUCCCGCAAUAUUGCUUUGCUGAUGUUUUUUCAGGAUGGAUGAGCUACGCUCCUUUAACAACCAGAAAAGGGCCGGGCA